UCACCAAGCACAGUACACCGUUGUUGAGAGGCCGGUGUUCAUUGUGAGGUGAUUGUUCAUGGUGAUAUUUUAAACGCCAUCGUAACGAAGCCAAACUGUGAUAGUGAUCACGGGCUCACUGUAGCCCCGUGCUACAUACAUGGAAAUUAACGUUCCCAGUAGCUGAAUCAGAACGUGAUAACGACAACGGGUCUGUGGCGACUCCUAUUAAGACAAAAUUUUAAAAGUCAGGCACGAUGGGUAACCAGUCAGCUACGACUUCUGGCAGAAAAUCAGCAUCAUCAUCAUCAUCAUCAUCGCAUGUAAACCAUAGGAACCAGCCCAGAACAAGUUCAGCUGUUGUGACAGAUAUAACAUCAAAUGUUACUGCAUACCAGCCACAGCAACACAGCAGAACUAUUUCAUCGAAUGUGACGGCAACAUCACUUAGGAUAAAAACAGGGGUUCCUGAUAAGACACAAAAAACUAUUUCUGCAUUACCAAACAUUACUGCAUACCAGCCACAGCAUCACAGUAGAACUACUUUGUCUAAUGUGACAUCAACAUCACUUAGGAUAAAAACAGGGGUUCUUGAUAAGACACAAAAAACUAUUUCUGCAUUACCAAACAUUACUGCAUACCAACCACAUCAUCACAGUAGAACUACUUUGCCUAAUGUGACAUCAACAUCACUUAGGGUAAAAACAGGCAUUCCCGAUAAGGCACAACAAACAAUUAACCACAGAACGAGAUCCACUAUUGUGACAGAUUUAUCACCAAAUGUUACUGCAUACCAGCCACAACAUCACAGCAGAACUACUUUGUCUAAUGUGACAUCAACAUCACUUAGGGUAAAAACAGGAGUUCCUGAUAAAGCACAACAAACAGUUGAAUGCAAUAUAAAUGUUACUGUUUACCAGCCUCAACAACCCAGAACAAUUUCACCUAAUGUGUCAGCAAUAUUGUCUAAUGUUCAUGUACAUCAGCCACAGGAACAUAGCAAAAUUACAUCAUUUGGUGUGAUAGCAACAUCACUUAGGAAAAAAACAAAAGUUCCGGAUAAAGCACAGCAAACAAUUAAAUACAAUAUAAAUAACUACAUAAUUCCUAAGUUACAUCAGAGCCAGAGGCAACAGCAACAGCAAAUUAAUCUUCCAUCCCAGAUUCCACCAGCCUUGUUUGCAUUACGUGUUUGUCCUCAGUACAACUGUAAAAAUGGCUGCAAUGCACUAAUCUGUAGAAGGUUGCACGUAUGUCACUAUUGGAUUAUGAAAGACUGCAAAAAGGUUAACUGUGAGAAUGCUCAUUCACUUACAUCAGAUCAUAAUAGCAAGAUUUUAAAUGUUUUUUCAGAUUUUGAUUUAAAUGCGAUUAUUGAAACCAUACAGAAUAAUUACAAGCGAAUGAGAAAGCUAAAUCAAGAACAAGAUGACUAUAUUUGCAUACAUGGCAUCAUGAACAAAUGCAAUAGGAAUCCUUGUUCCCAAGUUCAUGGUAAAAAAACUUAUCAGUGGGAGGUGAGAGAUUUUACUGGAAAAUGGAUACAGUUUUCAUACACACAAAGUGAUUAUUUAGAAGGUUUAUUCUGGCAUCCAUCUCAAGUUACGGCUGAAUUGCCUCCACUACCAUCACACAUGAAAAAUCAUAAAACACUUCAACAACUCCAAUAUCUUUUGGCAAAAGGUAAGUCACAGUGGAAAGUUGAUAUGGAAACAAUGAGCCUCUACACAGACAUGUUCCAUUACAAUAUACGAAGAGUGUCAACACCUUCAGAUAUCACAACUAACCUUCACUUGGCUUCUCGUUGGAUUUGGUACUGGCAAGACAACAAUGAAUCAUGGCAACCUUACACAGACGGUGUUCAAAAGUAUUUUAUUGUAGCUCUUAGUGAUCAACUUGAAUAUCAUAUGCACUUUAAUGACGGACCUUUCCGUGUUAAGGUUGGUAGCCAUAAUUAUGUCAUUGAUACUCAGAAUAUGACCCAACAAAACAAAGAAACAGGAAAAGUACAACAGAUACGGAGAAGGCCAGCCUGUAUGGUAUUAGAGAAUAAGGUAACAUUUGAUAGAAUGUUCUCAACUUUGCAUAGCGAGAAGGAAUUCAUGUUGCAUCAUGUGUUACCUUCAACUUCAGAAUUUACUUUGAUAGAGAAUAUGAUAAAGGAAUCUCUUCCAAGUGUCAGGUUAUCAAGCAUAACAAAAGUUCAGAAUAAUCACCUGUGGAAAGCAUACCAAAACAGGAAACAUCAGCUUUUAGCUUUUUAUAGCAAUGAUCUAUCCCUGUUGAAUGAGCAGUAUCUUUUCCAUGGAAUCAAACAUUCAGUAAUUGAUGAAAUUUGUUGUAAUAAUUUUGACUGGAGACUUUUUGGUAGUAACACUAGUAACGUAUAUGGCCAGGGAGAACAUUUUUCUAAUAAAGUUAGUAUAUUAAAUACCGUCUGUCAGACUAAUAAUUCAGGAUUAAAAGCACUCUUUGUAGUAUAUGUGUUGGUGGGCACAAUGACAAUCGGAAAUCCAAAUAUGGAGUUCCCUCCUGAAAAUCCUGAAACGGGGAGAUGUUUUGAUACUACGUGUAAUGAUAAGCACAGCUCUGAUAUAUUUGUGAAGUACAACAGAAAUGAGUAUUAUCCAGCUUAUAUAGUGAAAUACCAUGCCAACAGUUGUUAAAUUGGUUGGCCUUGGUUGUCCCAAGGAAACAAAUAUUUACAAAGGGAAGAUAAUUAAGACAUAACUGAAACACUAAAUGUAACUGAGAAAGAACUCGCCCAAAAGCAUAAAGUAACAAAACAACCACAGCUUGAAGAAAAUUAGGUACCCACAGGUAACUAUACACAAAUGAUUGUUACCAUUGAUUAAACAACCUAACCAUGAUGUUCAUGACCAAGUGGAAAAGUGUCGUUGUGACCUACUGAACAUUACAACUAUUCUUAUUCUUACCUACACCACUGCCACAAUCAAGAGCCAAGGAGCAGGGCCAACCAUCCACUAUGGUACCCAAGUUGAAGUGGUACAGCAGCACUGUCUAUUAGCCUUUUGUCUACCAAUCCCAAAGCAUCCUCAGAUACCAUUACAUUAGCCAAGCCACAAGAAUCAUAUACAGUAAAUAGACCACUGACCUGGCC